GGUUCAUUUCAUUUCUCAUUACUCCCAACUUCAUACUCAAAGCACUGAGAAUUUCAAGUGGAGUAUAUUGAAGUAGACUCAGUUUCUUUGCGUCAUUUCUGUAUUCAAUUUUUUAAAUUCUUUCAUAACCCUAUUGAGUGUUUUUUAACCAAAUUAACAUGGCUCGAAUGAACCGCCCAGCUCCUGUGGAAGUCACAUACAAGAACAUGAGAUUUCUUAUUACACACAAUCCAACCAAUGCGACCUUAAACAAAUUUAUAGAGGAACUUAAGAAGUAUGGAGUUACAACAAUAGUAAGAGUAUGUGAAGCAACUUAUGACACUACUCUUGUGGAGAAAGAAGGCAUCCAUGUUCUCGAUUGGCCUUUUGAUGAUGGUGCACCACCAUCCAACCAGAUUGUUGAUGACUGGUUAAGUCUUGUAAAAAUUAAGUUUCGUGAAGAACCUGGUUGUUGUAUUGCUGUUCAUUGUGUUGCAGGCCUUGGGAGAGCCCCAGUGCUUGUUGCCCUAGCAUUAAUUGAAGGUGGAAUGAAAUAUGAAGAUGCAGUACAGUUCAUAAGACAAAAGCGGCGUGGAGCUUUUAACAGCAAGCAACUUCUGUAUUUGGAGAAGUAUCGUCCUAAAAUGCGGCUGCGCUUCAAAGACUCCAAUGGUCAUAGAAACAACUGUUGCAUUCAAUAAAACUGGGGUGCCUGAUGUAAUUGCCUUGGAAGUGGAACUUGAAACAGGACCUAAUUUGUCAUACAUACUAGCCAACGUGUUGGCUUGGUGAUUAAGUCUAAUGAAGCUUCCAUAGGAGUAUUGGAAAGCUGUUUUAUCAGGCCACAAGUUUGACAGAAUUGCAACCUCUAUGUUUGGGUUACGAUCAACCUAUUUGGACACUUAGCAAAACAUUUUUGCUUUACAGCAUUUAAAAUGUGCUUAUCACUUGUACCAGUUGACCUUUCCUGAAAUCAUGGAGUAUUGAGUUAUGUCUUUAAAUCUAUUCCCAUGCCAGAAUCUUAUCAAUAUAUAAGAAAUUUAGAAAGAUUAGGUGCCAAAAUACCCAGCACAAUACUUGUAUAUUUUUAGUAUCAUACUGAACUAAAAUCCCAGGAACUAUGAACACUCUGGACCUUAUGUGGUUUAUUCCUUCAGUCAUUUCAAACAUAGAAAUUAGGGCCUAUAUGGUUAUUUGCCUGCUCACUUUAUGUUUACAUCUCCCACAUUCAUACCAGUAUACAUCAGGUUUGCUCAACUUUUUUUUUUUUUAAACCAAGUCUUACAAUGAUUAUUUCAUGUCUUUCUACAAAUUUCAUUUUGUGCUGUUAUAGAAAACCUCCAUUUUGAAAAUCUACGUUGUACAGAAGCACAUGUCUUUAAUGUCUCCAGACAAAAAAGCCUUACAGUUAAUUUUAAUGUUUGCACUUUGGGGUGCAACUUACAGGGAGGGCCUGAAAAAAGAACGGGAGGGGGCUAUUAAGUAUUUUUAGUAAAAUGUUGCCUUUGUCUUGUGCAGAACAUGUAGAAUAUGCUCUUUAAUUUAGUAAAUAUUUUUUUAAAAGGUAGAGAUGCUUUGUUAUCGUAGCUAAAACAAUUCUUAAUCAUAAAAUUUCUGAAAUUCUUGUAAUUUUUUUUCUUACUCAUCUGAAGUUGUUUACCAACUUAUUUUUGUUUGAAGUGUGAUUUUUUUUCUUCUCUUCCCAACCUCUCUUGCAAAAAAAAAAAAAAAGUGGGUUUCUGCUAAUGAAUUGAGCAGACAUCUAAUAUUUUAUAUGCCUUUUGAGCUGUGUAACUUAAUAUUUGGAUACUUGAUAAUUUGUUUUAUUAUGUAAUUGAUAAAAUGGUGAUGUGUAUUAAUGUUAGUUCAACCAUAUAUUUAUACUGUCUGGGAAUGUGUGGUUAUAGUUCUGUGGGAGAAAUAAUUUGUCAGUGUUCACCAGCUUGUAAAAAUCUAGUGCGAGAGCUUAAACAUCUAAAUAAAUAAUGAAAUGCAUUUAUCAUCAUUGAAA